ACCCUUCUCGUUUAUGUUUUACGGGGAAUCCUCCGAUUAUAUUAGUCUGGUCGUCAUUUUUGUUCUCGCAAGUUGACAAACCUUUUCGUUUAUAUUUCAUGGGGAAUCCCUAGACUUUUUUUUGUCAGUAUACGUUAGUGUUAAUGCAGAAGCUCUUUGCUGUAGCCGGUGUUAUUAAAGUGAAUUCAUAGUGUUCGAAUACUGUAAUGUCUUCAAAAGAGGGAGUUUUUUAUCAUCAGUGUUCUUGGCCAAUAAAGGCUCUCAUGCUAACUUUCCAGCGAAACUGUGUCAAAAAAAUGUCAACGAUAUUUGGAAAAUGGCUAAAGAAAAACUAGAAAAUAAAGAAAAGUUUAUAGAACAUAUAAAUGAUGUUAUACGGCAGUUGAAGGUGAAGGCCACGAAGAAGAAAGCAACAAUGCUUAGUUAUUUUACACAGCUACCUAUGAAAACAUCAAGCAUGCCAACACCACGCCCAGGCACGCUAAGGCCCAAUGUUCCCUCGACUUUAAUUGCUCUUCAACAAAAAAAGGAUUCGGAUGUUGUAGCUUCAUCCACGUAUUCAUCUCAUAUGGAAUCGAUUGUCGAAGUCACUGGGCAUAAAAGCACUGCCGUUAAACGAAAGAUGAGCGAUACCCACGAUGAACAAAGUCAAAAUACUGAUGAGGAAAUUGUGCAGACACCUUCUACGGAACCAUACACGACUUUGAUUGAUUCGGGCUUCACUAAAAAUGUUACAAGCAAGCCGGCUCAAGAUACUCUUAUGAAAAAAAUUAGUCUUCUGCAACAGAGAAUAAAUGUUCUUGCUGAAGCAAGGGACACUGGAAUAGCCAAAGAUGAUGUUCACGAUGAAAUAAAAAAGCUACGCAAAGAGUUGAAAGAAGAAGAAAAAUGUUUAAAGAAAAAAAGAGACUCUGCUAAGCGUGCAAAAAAAUUUCGAGCCAAAGGAAAACUGGAGAAAACUGAACGUCAGAGAAACAAUCCUCCUGCAGCACAACCUCGAACUGGCUCUGGACAGCCCCCUUUAGUUGACUCGCAACCUGCUCUCCUAGAGCUAGAGACCAUAAUUAAUAUUGCCAUUCAUGGCAGCGCUGCUGAUGAACAGAGAUGAUUAGGAGUUGUCUCACU